GGAAUCCUGUAGAGUGCGAUAUAAAGCGUAAAACGUGACCGCCUAUUGAGAAUAUAAUUGUUAAUUGUAAUAAAUUAUAUUGAAAUCUUACUUCCUGUCGAUAGCUCUAGCGAAGGAAUUUAUUGAGACUUAAAAUCGCUUCUUAAUUGGAAGUUAUUUUUUCAGAAUGGCUGUUGAUAUUUCACCCAAGAAUAGUGGAGGUGUUCUCAAAGAAAUCCUCAAAGAAGGUUCUGGAGAUGAAAGUCCAGGAAUUGGUAGCUUUGUAAAGUUACAUUAUGUUGGAACUCUUUUGGAUGGAAAGAAAUUUGAUUCCAGCAGAGAUAAUGGGAAACCAUUUGAAUUUGAGCUAGGACUUGGACAAGUAAUUAAUGGAUUUGACAUUGGUAUUGCAACAAUGAAAAAGGGUGAAAUAGCAGUUUUUACGAUUGCUCCUGAUUUUGCAUACGGAGAACCCGGUAGCCCUCCAAAUAUUCCUCCAAAUUCAACACUAAAAUUUGAAAUUGAACUACUUGAUUGGACUGGUGAAGAUUUAAGUCCUGACAAAGAUAAAGGAAUCACAAGAAAACUAAUUAAAGCUGGACAAGGGCAUUCUAGUCCAAAUGAUGGUGGCGUAGUUGACAUUAAUAUAGUUGGGUUAUAUGAUGACCAAGUAUUUGAAGAACGAGAUGUUAAAUUUGAAUUAGGCGAAGGUGAAGCUGAAGGAAUAGUUGAAGGUAUUGAAAUAGCUCUACUCAAAUUUAAAAAAGGAGAAAAAUCAAAGGUUAAGUUAAGUAGUAAAUAUGCAUUUGGAGCUGCUGGUAAUUCAGAACUAAAUAUUCCACCCAAUGCAAAUGUAGAAUACAUAAUUGAGUUAAAGAAUUUUGAAAUGUCAGUGAGUUCAUGGAACCUUGAUGGUGCCCAGAAAAUCGAGCAAGCUAAAAUGUUUAAGGAUAAAGGAACAUCAUAUUUCAAAAAUAACAAAUACAAUUUAGCCAUAAAAAUGUAUAAAAAAAUUAUAGAAUUUACAAAUCCCACCUAUGACUAUAAAGAAGAUUUAAUGGAAACCAGAGAUAAUUUAUUACUUACUGCUAAUUUGAAUUUAGCUUUAUGCUUUUUGAAAACUCAGCAAUAUCUUGAUGCUAAAGAAUGCUGUAAUAAGGCACUAGAACUUGAUCCAAAGAAUGAAAAAGCUUUUUUUAGAAGAGGACAAGUACAUCUUGAUUUAGCUUCUCCAGAACUUGCUGUUAAAGAUUUCAAAGAGGUUAUUAAAAUUGAACCCAAGAAUUCAGCUGCAGCAAAACAAAUCAUCAUUUGUAAUAAUUUAAUUAAAAAAGAAUUGUCAAAAGAAAAGAAACUAUAUGCAAAUAUGUUUGAAAAAUUUGCGAAGGAAGAUCAACAGAAACUGGAGGAGGAGUUGAGCAAACUACCAGACGUAAUGCAUGGAACACUUGGAGAAUGGGGUCAAGAAGAGCGGCCUGGAGGUCGUGACGCCACCGCUUUCGAGAAGGAAAAUCCCAACAUUCUGAUGCUCAAUGCAAAUGGCACUGGUGAAUUCAAAAAUAUGUAAAACAAUUGCUUUAAACUCAUUCAACCCAUUAAGUUUUAUCAACCGAAGCCUGUAGUCAAAUAAUUAUGAACUUUUUUUACUUAAUAUUUUAUACAGUAAUUAUAAAACUAUUCUUAAAUAUUGUAAUGUUAAGAAAUGUCUUGAGAAAUGUGUUAGAGAAACUAAGGAUAUGAACCCAAAAUACACUUAUUAAUAUUAAAAAUAU